UGUCCGCGCGGCUACAUCCGCAGGGUCAGACCCCCAGGGAGCCAUACCGCCAUAGCAGCCGUCGCGGACUCGCAGCCGCGGGCGACAUUACCAAAGCCAGAGCCACACCGCCGCCUCCUCCUCCUCGCCCUGCCUCGCCGCCGCCAUGGCCACCGCCGCGCGCUCCAUCCACCUCCUGACCCCGCCUAAGCCCUCUAAACCCUCCUCCUACCACCUCCCUGUCUCCUCCCACUUCCGCCCCCGCCCCCGCCGCCGCGGCCCCCGCCUCGCCGCCGCUUCCUCCGACCUCACUGCCUUCCCCGACCCGCCCCCUACCCCGAACGGCGUCUACGUGCCGUUCGCGGCAGGCUCUACCGCGGCGUCCAUCGACGUGGACGCCGCCACGGAGGCGGAGCUGCGGGAGAACGGGUUCCGGAGCACGCGCCGCACCAAGCUGGUCUGCACCGUGGGGCCCGCCACCUGCGGCGCCGCAGAGCUUGAGGCGCUCGCCGUCGGCGGCAUGAACGUCGCGCGGGUCAACAUGUGCCACGGCGACCGCGAGUGGCACCGCGGGGUCAUCCGCGCUGUGCGGAAGCUCAACGACGAGAAGGGGUUCGCCGUCGCGGUCAUGAUGGACACCGAGGGGAGCGAGAUCCACAUGGGCGACCUCGGCGGCGCACCGUCCGCCAAGGCUGAGGAUGGAGAAGUUUGGAUAUUUAGCGUUAGAUCUUCUGACACGUCGCUGCCAGAUAAAAUCAUUCAUGUGAACUAUGAUGGCUUUGCUGAAGAUGUGAAAGUUGGCGAUGAACUUUUUGUGGAUGGUGGAAUGGCUAGGUUUGAGGUCACUGAAAAGUUAGGGCCAGAUGUGAAGUGCCGUUGCACGGAUCCUGGUUUGUUGCUGCCACGGGCUAAUCUUACUAUUUGGCGCGAUGGCAGUGUAGUGCGAGAGAGAAAUGCUAUGCUUCCUACAAUUUCAUCAAAGGAUUGGCUUGACAUAGAUUUUGGAAUCUCUGAAGGUGUAGAUUUCAUUGCUGUCUCAUUUGUCAAGUCUGCAGAAGUAAUUAAUCAUCUGAAGAGCUACAUUGCUGCGCGGAGCCGUGGAAGUGAUAUAUGGGUCAUCUCAAAGAUUGAGAGCAUUGAUGCUUUAAAGAACUUGGAGGAGAUCAUCCGUGCAUCAGAUGGAGUAAUGGUAGCCAGAGGGGACUUAGGAGCACAAAUCCCCCUGGAACAGGUCCCUUCCAUCCAGCAGAGAAUAGUUAAAAUGUGCAGACAGCUCAACAAGCCAGUUAUUGUUGCUUCUCAGCUUCUGGAAUCAAUGAUCGAGUAUCCUACACCCACUAGGGCUGAGGUUGCUGAUGUUUCUGAAGCAGUCCGCCAGCGUGCAGAUGCUCUCAUGCUUUCUGGUGAGUCAGCCAUGGGGAGGUAUCCCGAGAAGGCUCUCAGUGUCCUUAGGAGUGUUAGCCUAAGGAUUGAAAGGUGGUGGAGAGAGGAGAAGCGCCACGAGGCGCUGGAGCUUCUAGAUGUCUCGUCUUCCUUCUCUGAUAAGAUAUCAGAGGAAAUAUGCAAUUCUGCAGCUAAAAUGGCCAACAACUUGGGAGUCGACGCUGUUUUCGUCUAUACGAAGGAUGGUCACAUGGCCUCCCUGCUCUCGCGAUGCCGCCCCGACUGCCCAAUCUUCGCGUUUACACCCUCGACAUCCGUCAGGAGACGUCUGAACCUCCAGUGGGGCCUCAUCCCGUUCCGGCUCAGCGACUCCGACGACAUGGAGAGCAACCUGAACCGCACCUUCUCCCUGCUCAAGGCCAGGGGCAUGGUGCAGUCCGGCGACCUGGUGAUCGCCCUCUCGGACAUGCUGCAGUCCAUCCAAGUGAUGAAUGUGCCCUAGGAAUAGGAUCCCCAUACCCAGCUGUUUCAUAUAUUAUUAUUGUUCUCACCAAUUUGAACCUGAGCUGUAUUGUAGCAUGGAAGACAAACUUUUUGCGAGUUAUGUAUCUCAUGACCUUACACUGGAUUACGGCAAUAAUUUGUAGCAUGUUUCUGCCUCUGGUGGAGACUGGAGAGCUUGUUGAA